AUGGCGCAAACCGUCGACAAGAUCAUCCGCCGCAGCCUUGCAGACGCCGAUCUCGACCAAGCGAAGCAUCUCUUCGGCGUCAAAUUCUGGGGCGCGAUAACCCCUGGGAAGGGCGCUGCGAUCGGCGGCGCGCUCAAUGGCGGAGUCCUCUCGCUCACGCAAGGCCUGGCAAGCGAGCUGGCUGCGAAGAAGAUCCGGGUCAAUACGGUUGUCCCUGGGUUAGUCCAGACCGAGCUUUGGGAUAAACUGGGCAAGGCGAAGGUGGAGCAAAAGGCGAUGUUUGAUUCGGCGUCUACUGCCCUUCCGGUUGGAUUUGUGGCUACGCCGGAGGAUAUUGCCGAGGCUUAUCUCUAUGCUGUGAGGGCGGACUAUGCGACGGGCACUUUGGUUGUCAUUGGUUCGUACCAAAAUGCCCUUGGUCUCUGUGCUUGGUCUUACUACCACUUCAAAUAG